CGGGCAAGGGCCGGGCGGAGCCGCCGCAGGAUCCCGUCCGCUGCGGAGCCGGCGUGGGGCGUCCGCGGGCGCGGGGCAGCCACGGGCGCGAUCGGUCAGUGCUGCGCGGAGCUUCUCCCCUCUGUGCCGCGAGGCUUCGCGCGGGGGUGCGCGGCGUUACGCGGAGCUGUGAGUAGGACGCGGCUCGGAAGCAGGAAGCUCUGCUGCCAUGAACAUCUCUCCCCCCGCGACGGGGACGCUGCGAUGACGGCUGCUUUGCUCCGCCGUGACGUCACGCAGGUGUUGUCCGGGGGGUGUGGCGCUGGGAGGGCUCCUGCCGUGGCUGGGCGGUGUGAGCAGGGGACAAGGAGCGCCGGUCCGCUGAAGUAGUGAUAUCAGUUUGCGUGUUUGUCUUUCAGGCGUGGCUUUGUAGCUGUAAACUCGCUCUUCAGUUUCUUUUGUGUGUUUCUGUGAGCGCGGGUGUGCCGGGAAGCUGUAGAACCCACGGUACGGGAUUAGUAGGGGCGGGCUGGCCCCUCCCCGAGUGAGAGAGGUGGGCACCUGUUGGGCACGGCUACUGCCAGCGUGACCUGGCUUGGGAGUGCAGCGUGCUGUGCUUGGGCUUAUGCCAACACUCCUGCCAGGCCUGGGGCCAGGCCUUCAGCAGGGCCAAAUCCUUCCUUCUCCCCUCACCCCUAUGGACGGGACUUUUAAUAAAACAAGCCUGAGGCCUUCUACACCUGCAGGAAGCCAGUACGAGCUCUACAUUGGUCUGGCUCUAGCGGUCAGUUCCAGUAUCUUCAUUGGAUCCAGCUUCAUCCUGAAGAAGAAGGGCCUCCUGAAGCUGGCCACCAAAGGAGCCCCCCGCGCUGGACAAGGUGGAUAUUUGUACUUGAAGGAAUGGCUUUGGUGGGCUGGACUACUUUCAAUGGGACUGGGAGAAGCUGCAAACUUUGUUGCCUAUGCCUUUGCACCAGCAACCUUAGUUACACCUUUGGGUGCGCUGAGUGUUCUCAUAAGUGCUAUAUUGUCAUCCUACUUUUUAAAGGAGAAGCUGAAUAUUCACGGCAAGUUGGGCUGCGUUCUGAGUGUUUUGGGUUCUACAGUCAUGGUUAUUCAUGCCCCGGAGGAGGAGGAGGUCACCUCACUGGAUCAGAUGGAAAUAAAACUGCAAGAUCCGGUGUUUGUUGCAUUUGCUGUUCUCCUAAUGUCCGUUGCCCUCGUGCUGAUUUUUAUUGUGGCUCCACGGAGAGGUCAAACAAAUAUACUGAUCUACGUUUUAAUUUGCUCACUCAUUGGUGCCUUCUCUGUCUCAUCUGUCAAAGGCCUGGGCAUUGCCGUUAAAGAAAUGCUGGAGUGGAAGCCGGUUUAUCGACAUCCCCUGGCUUAUGUUUUGGUGGGAAUCCUAUUGCUCUCAGUCAGCACUCAGAUCAAUUAUCUCAACAAAGCACUGGACACAUUUAACACAUCUCUAGUAACACCUAUUUAUUACGUGUGUUUCACCAUGACGGUGGUGACAUGCUCCAUCAUCCUGUUCAAGGAGUGGAGUAGUAUGGACCUGGAUGACAUCAUUGGGACCCUUAGUGGAUUCUGCACUGUAAUUAUAGGAAUUUUUCUAUUACAUGCUUUCAAAAAUACUGAUAUCACCUGGAGUCAAUUGAUGUCUAGUGUUGCAAAAGAAUCAUCAUUGUCACACUGCGAGUAUGAAACCUCUCACACUUUACUGGAGAGCAUGGAAGACCCCGCUGUGAUAUAUGGGGAAGACGAUGUUUUAUUCAGCCGGUGAAGCUCUCAAGUGAUAAUUCCUCAUUGCACUAUCAUGAAUUGCAGACUCACCUGCAUCUACCGGACCACUCUUCAUCACUGCUAUCCUCUGGAAAACUGUAAAGGGAGUUAAGUGUGGGCCACUCCUCUGCGCGUCAGCUGUUGGUAAUAAUGAAUUAAAAUGUUCGAUAAUUGACACGAGGGACAGAAACCUGGUGGUUAUAAUAUGUCAAGCAAUGAAUAAGUUUGUCCAUUUUUUAUGCAGCAUCUCCUGUUGGAGAAUUUUAGCAGGAAAGGAUUUUUUUUUGUAAACAGUUUACAAAAUGCAAUUUACCAGUCACAAUAAAAGAAAGCCCAUGCUCAAUUUGCAAGCACUCUGUGAUUUUUAGUAAUGGCCUAUAUGUGUCAGGCUUUUCUUUAUGCCUCCCUAAGUUAUUGGUGAGCAAAUUCAUAGAGAUUCAACAUGAAAUAUAUUAAUUGGAAAUAUAACAUGAAGACAAUGUUGUUUAAUCCUUCUACAUCUUAAUAUAAAGUUUUAUCCAGUUUUAAAAUUAUUUAUUAUUAUUUUUGCUUUUGAUCGUCUACCAAUGACUCUUGAAUAGACAUCAUCAAAAAAAUCUAAGAAAUGUGGUUCUCGGUAACUAGUUUCCUUCAAACUCCAUUUUUUAAAAAGCAGAGUUUUAGCUCUUCUGCCUUUGGUUUCCUGAAUUGAUACCAAAUCCUUGAAUGUGCCUGUAAUUUUUAUUUCAAAACUAUGACCAAAUUACAUUUUAAGAAAAAUCAUAUUCAGUAGAGCCCUGAAAACAGUUGGUACUGGCUUAAAAAAAUUACAUAGAAUGGAGUAAUAAAUUAUUCAAAAGCAGGCAGCCAGAAUGGUUGGUUAAGAACUUCUACUCCUUUUGUUUUAUAUUACCUUGAGGCUUAAGAAGGGAUUUAAUACAUUUCCAUACUUCUUCCUAAUACUGUCAUCUAUUCAUCAGACCCUUGUUAAGUCUUUAAAAAGUUUUUCUUGUUUUCCAGAAAGGUAUCAGUGUUUUUUAAAAACCAAUUCCUCCUGUUGUGCUAUAUUCUGUUGUAAAGGCAACAUUUGUUUUCCAGUCAGCGUAAUGUUUCUAAAACUGCUAGAUAGAGAAAAGUCUGUAAAGAAGUCUUGAGAAACAUCAGAAUGUUGCAGCUCUACUUUGGGUUUUUCUUCUUCUCUAAAAAUGAGUACUCACCUGUACUAUGUGUUUUAACCAUUACUCUAUAUUAUUAUUUCUGUAGGCCUUGAAGAUCAGUAUCUGUACUGCUUUAUCCUCCACAGCUGUGGUCACUGAUUUUUAUCAUCUCAUUAAGAACGGCUUGCACAGCCCAUUUUACUCCUUACAAUCCCCUCUACCGACUCUGUGCUAGCAAGAACACAGCUUCAGCAAACAGAUGCAUAGGACACAGAGAGCUGGUCAGAAAGAUUGUAUUUCCACAUCUUGGGUUGUUCAGGGUGAGCUCAGAACUCUUGCCAGAGGAUGCUAGCAUUUAAGCAAGAGAGCUGGAUUCAUUAAAAAUGACUUUUGAUCAGCUGAGAUUUAUAUGCCAAGCAGAACCUCUUCAUAAAGCAGGCUGCAUAAUGUGCAAAGAGUAGAGCAAAUGUUGAUGCUUUGGGUAACAUUGUUCUACGAAGAGAAAGCUCACAAUUUAUCUGUAGGAACAAAAUGGUUGCUACUGCUUGCAGCGUGCUUGCACACAUGCUUGUAUGGUGCCAAGUUUAAUCUUGAUGCCAAAGCCAUGUACUUUCUGAAAGGUGUUCACAAAAUGUCUCAAAUGUCUCACUUGUUAAUGAUUUUUAUUUUAGUGAGGGUUUAGAAGCUGUCAAAACCUGAGAAGUGGCUCUAAGGAUACUUGCUUGAAGUUAUUUCUAAACUGCAAGCACCUUUCUUUUCCACUUGAAUAGGUUUCUAGCUGACAUACACACACAGGAGGAAGUAGUAAUUGUACCAAUCACCUGCACCUUAUUUCCAUAUCCUUGAUUAGAAGAAGCAGGAAUUCUGUAUUUCCUACUGGACCUGCAUGACUACUUUUAUGUAUAAAUAACAUCUACUAAGAAAAUAAUGUGAUUUUCUUACAAUGUCAGAAAAUCCAAGUUAGUGCUUAUUUCCACGGUGUACAAGAACUCUAAAAUGUUACAAAAUAAAUUAUUAUCUUUUGUGUAAAAACUUCUGCUAGAAGAGGUAUUAUUUUUGAAAAUGUUCAUAUUUAGUAAAUGAUUUGGAAGAAGUUUAAUUUUUACUGAAAUUAUGCUAAUAUUUUUCUUGUAAUAAAUUAUACAUGGAUUACAUAUUAAA